AUGAGCAACAAAGGACGGUCCACGCCUCGCGUCGUUUGCUGUGCAAUCCCCAUCGCGAGGAGCGCAAACAAGGUCCUGGUGAUCACAAGUCGGAAACGGCCAAAUAACUGGGUUUUGCCGAAAGGAGGAUGGGAGCCGUCAGAUGGGAUGUUGGAAGCAGCAGCCUCGCGGGAAGCCUUGGAAGAAGCGGGCGUGCGUGGCAAAAUCACCCAAUUUGUGACGACGAUCCCCACCGCCUCCUCGACAUACCACUUCUACGAGCUCGACGUCGCCGACCUCGAUGCUGAAUGGCUCGAGAGCAAGGAGCGCCGCCGCGAGUGGGUCGACUACACCGAGGCCAUCCGCAGGCUCGCGUGGAAGGCUGAGCUCGCUCAGGGCCUCUCCCUCUCGUCCCUCGCGCCGAAGCGGUGA